AUGGUGGUCGGAAUGAAGGAAUCGAAAACGGGAGUUAAGGAUCAGCAUUACGAAGACAGCAGCUCUGACGAGUGUGAUAUCCCGGCAGGCGUGCUAUCGUCAAAGUUCGAUAAAACCGAUCUUUCGAUCAACACAAAUCCGCUUCCGCAUGGCAAAUACACUCUGAUUGGUAUCGAUAUAGAUACGACGGGUCGUAGACUUAUCGAUGAGAUUGUCCAGAUCUCGGCUUUCACACCGGAUCGACAAUAUGCGCAGUAUAUUAUGCCGCUGAUGAAUCUGAACCCAGCUGCUCGUCAACGGCACCAGGUUCGUGUGAUCACGGUUGGAUUCUUCCGAAUGCUGAAAAGCAUGCAGACGUACCGUGUCAUGAAGACCAAGAUGGAAAUUGCGGUGUUAAAUGAGUUCAUUGACUGGCUUGAGGCGCGGCUUCGCGAAGAUGAAGGAUCUGAAGGCAUAGUACUGGUGUACCACGAACAACGCAAGUUCGUCCCAUAUAUGGUCAUUGAAGCGUUGAAGAAGUACAAGUUGUUAGAUCGCUUCGCCGAGUCCGUGAAAUCGUUCGCAAACGGCUUCAAACUCGCCGAGGAUCGAUGCACCAAGACGAUUAAGUAUCUAACAAUCCGACAAUUGGCAAUGAUCGUGUUGAACGAGAAGGAAGGAUCUCGGGAAGGAUUUGAGGGAAAUGCAGCCUACCGAGCCAGAAUGGCGUUCGAAAUUUCCAGAUGCUUAGCAACGGCUGAACCGAAAGGAAACAUCGAACUGACGCCAGUUUCUUCACCAACGGAAUCAGAAUCCAAUUGCAAAGCCGAAUCGGAGGAAACUACAGAUUCAUCCGCCACAAUCGAAACCGUGAAGGACGAGAGUGAGCAGCUAACCGACAAUGCUGAACAUUCUGCAGAUGUCGUGGAGAAGGAAGAUUCUAAGAAUGAAGAAAACUCCACUGGUGUUGUUGCAUCCCGUCCUUUAACUGAAGAGGACCGUGAAAAGAUGUGCACUGUGCUGUGUGAAUUUGCUUCUCCUAUUUCCUCUGAAAUUUCCGAACUUGACGAGCAAGAGAAGAUUCUUGUGCGUCAAAAAUCAUUGAGACCAGUAUUUUUGCUCUACUUUAAGACGACAAUCUACCAUAGGGUAAAGGCUGUUACUUAUAGACGAGUACUGGCAGAAUGUGGCCACGAUUACGAAUCUCUGCGUCAAGUUUGGCUGGAGAAGAAACGAGAAGGAAUGGAAGAAAUCAUUAACGAUAUUGCUGAGUUGAAGGAAGAUGAACGCACGGAGUUGAUUGAGCUGCUCGAUUGCCACUAUGAUCCGGACAAGCAGGCUUUCAAGCCAGUAGUGAAGCGCAUGAAGCUUCGUCCUUCUCGAGGCAACCCGUUCUUUUCGAACAAAAAUGGCAACGUUCCGCAGAAUCAGAAUGGAAAUACCCAGAUGGUUAAAGAAAAUAGAAAACCUUUCCGCAAUUUUCAGAGCAAUAAGAACAACAUUUCCCACAACGGAAACAAUAUGAAUAAUAGUGUUGUCAAGCACCAGAAUCACCAACCGCAGCAGCAGCAGCAAUUCUACAACAACCAAUCGUCCCCUGAAAAUGGUAUGCGGAACGGAGGUUCACCUGGAAAGCGUUUUUACCAGCGUAAUUCACGUCGUCGCCGUGGAGGAAACAACCAGGCUCAGGCUGGUGUACAACAGAACCAGCAACCGAUGAAACCUCAUAACACCAACCAUCAUCAUUCGUACUCGAACUCGAAUCGGUACAAUACCCAAUAUCAAUCAGUCCCUAGCGAUACCUAAGCCAAAGAGGCUACUUAAAAUAUGUAGGGUCAGGAGAUGCAGGAUCGUUUAAAAGAUAUCAGAUUGGAAAAAGAAAUAUUUUCAAACCAUUCUACUAGAAUUGCGGAACAGCU